AUGCCCAUGAAACUCGAAGGAAGCUGCCAAUGCGGCGGCAUUCAAUUCACCCUUCAAUCGCAGACUCCAGUGCCAUACCAGCUCUGUGCCUGUAGCAUCUGCCGUAAAGUAGGUGGAUACCUGGGCGCUGUGAACCUAGGUGGAAUCGCAGACAGCAUGAACAUCACCAAGGGCAAAGACCUCAUCAAGAAAUACAACGCAAUCAAGGACCGCGGAACACCAAACGAAGAGCUCUGCGACUCUGAGCGCAGCUUCUGCUCGAAUUGCAGUACCAUGCUCUGGGUAUGGGACCACCACUGGCCUGAACUCAUCCAUCCAUUUGCUUCCGCAAUUGAUACGGAGUUGCCGGUGCCGGAUGAAAUGGUUUGCAUCAUGGAGGGAUCUAAGCCGGCUUGGGCGCGGUGGCCGGAGGGGAAGAAGAGCGUGCAUAAGCUUUAUGGUAAGGAUAGUCUUGAGGGGUGGCAUAAGAAGCAUGGUCAUUUUGUUGAGUAG